UCUGUGGGCGUCCUUGACACGAGUGGCCACGCACAGCCCCGGUCGCGGGGGCUAUAUAAUGCGACCGUCUCUCUCGGCGUCUUUCUUCAGGUUGCUCCCAGGUCCUCAAACCUUCUAGCCCACUUGAGCUCCACAAAUCAAGUGAUGUCUGCCAUCAUCGACCUGCCCUCGGUGCCACAGGAAGAGUACUUGUUUCCAACGACAGCCCCGGGUCAACUUGAAGCCCAGGACAUCAAGUCAGACAUCUGCUUUCCUGAGGCUAUCUGGGCAGAGUCCACUGAGGGCGACUCCACUUCAGCUAGUCUUCCAACAGUUCAACUUCAUUCACUACUUCUCGCGCCUGCUGGUCACUUCAAGGUGGACCUGUCGCUGCCAACAGACCCCCUCACCACUCUUCGAUCUGAUUCGAUCAGUGGGAAGCUGAACGAUCCUGCAUGUUCUCUGCCCAUGACCGGGCUGAUGGUGCAAAUCAACAAGCCAUCAAAUCUAGAGUUGACAGUGCAUGUCACGCUCAGCAGCUUGCACAGUGAGCUCGAGCACUGCCCCAUCAUUACUGUUGGGGAUGUUCUCAUGGAGAUAUACUCCGAGCUACACAAGGAUGAUGAGAAUGUUCAUAUUGAGCUUGCCGCAGCAGUCAAGGCCGGAAAAGUCCAUGCCAACUGGCCCCAGCUGGCCACUAUAAGAGCUGCUGUGUAUCGUCGGACAGAAUUGCUGCAGAAGGUUGGCCAGCCCCUUGGCCCGAGUAAUGCCAAAUGCAAGUAUGUUGAUCUAUUGAAGACGGAUACAAUGUUUGCUGGACUGAUAGCCAUUGAUGACAAGAAGUUUGACAUACCUCAGUUCAAGUUGCAGCUGAAGAGCAAUAAAUAG